UUGACGACAGCGCAAAUCGCGGGCAGACGCGCGGCUUCUGCACGUUCUUCUUGCAUCGUCUUCAGAUCGCUGCAUCGUAAUCGUGAUUACGGGUUAAUAAUCGAUUUAAAAAAAUUAUUCUGCAACAUCUGUAUCUUAGGACAACAUUCGAAACGAAAUCAUAAAAGUAUGAAGUGCCUAUUGACAAUCACCGUUCUCAUGGUUAUUUCUUCAGUCAUUGAGGCAGAAACAUACAGAGUCACCGAUCAAGUCUACUUUGAUAUCAUGAUUGAUAACAAUCCAGCCGGUAGAAUUAUUAUUGGCUUAUUUGGUGAUAUUGCACCAAAAACAGUAAAGAACUUCAUCACUUUUGCUACAACAGGUGUAGCAGGAAAAAAGUAUGCAGGAACUAAAUUCCAUCGCGUGAUAAAGAAGUUCAUGAUUCAAGGUGGCGACGUUGAAAACGGCGAUGGCACUGGUUCUAUUAGUAUUUAUGGCAAAUAUUUUGAUGACGAAACUUUUGAGGUCAAGCACAGCGGACCAUUGUUUGUCAGCAUGGCAAAUGCUGGAAAGAACACCAAUGGUUGUCAGUUUUUCAUUACCACUAUAGCAACUCCUUGGUUAGACGAUCAUCAUACGGCAUUUGGAAAAGUGAUUGACGGUGAAGCUAUAGUUUUCAAGAUCGAGCAGACCAAAACAGACAGCGAUGACAUUCCGCUCGUGCCUGUAAUAAUCUACGAUAGCGGAAUUCUUCCAACGGAACCAUUUACUAUAUCAGAUAAUCCUACGAGUAAUCUAACAUUGAUUGUAUGGGCGUGGAUUAAGGCGACUUGCGUACCAUUGGGAUUUAGUUUCUCGAUACUCGCGGUUUUCCAUUAUAUGAUGAAACAGUUAGAUGUCUAAGCAUCAAUCUUGA